UCAGAUAUAUUCCGAUUGGUGUUUGUUUGUUGAAUCGAGCUUGGAGCAGCUGAAUCCAAAUAGCAUCCGAGAGUCGCUGAAAAUCUCCAGUUUGAGUCUUACCCCCGACUAUUAACCUUACUGACCCAAGUGAGUCCCAAUAACCACAAUCCCAACCCACAACCUUGUUUCCAACCGCACUUCAAGCACUCCCACCGUCAUGGCUUCUCAUGAGGAUGGAGUAGCGUUGCAGAUGAAUGAACAAAAGUCCCAGCUCAGCACCGCGCUGACUGAGGCUGCAAGAAGCCUCCGUCUCGUCGCUGGCAUAUCUGAGCGCCUUGCUAUCGUCCUGGACAAAGUAGACCUCACGCAAUCUCCCGCAACCCAAGCAAAACAGUAUCUCGACAUCAUCCUCGCAACAAAUGCGCUUACCUCUGUCGCAUCUCUCAAGCCUAAUCCUACACCUCUUGAUAAACGCAAACGCGGAGAAGGCAAACGGAAGAAUCCAGAUGCGCCCAAGAGGCCUCAAUCUGCGUACCUGCUUUUUCAGGCUUCCGUGCGUGGCAAGCUAAAGGAGGAAAACCCAGAACUGGAUAACAAGGAACUCAUGGCCUAUAUCGGGUCCAAGUGGCAAGAUCUGUCAGAAAAAGACAGGAAGGUGGGUUUUUUGUUUUUCAAGUCCUGCAGUGUUUGUGACCGAAUCCUGCAGCCUUUUUAUGAAGCACAUGAGAGAGGGAAAUUGGAGUAUGCGAAAAAGCAAGCUUCUUUUUUAAAGGGCUCAGAGGAAGCGGCAGAUCAGAAGGAGACUAAGGGACCAACGGAGACGAAGGGGCCUACGGAAACGAAGGAGCGCAAAGAGAAGGAAAAGGAGAAGACGAAGUUGCCCAACAAGACAGAAAUCACCGACAAGUCUGCCAAAGUCAAGGGGCGAACAUCCAAGCCGGAGUCAAGAAUCGAGGUUGUAAGCAUUGUAUUCCAUUUUUUAAGCUUGUGUGCUCAGGAAACUGUUUCGUUACAGGAAUCUGAGGAGGGCGAAUCGGACCCGGACAUUUCUGAAGAUGAUUCGGAAGAGGUGGAAGAAUCGGAUUCAGAGGACGAGCCAGAGCCACCGAAAAAGAAGAGCAAGACUGUUGCACCCUCGAAGACGACUUUAAAGAAAAAAUAAAAAUGGUGUUUUUUCGUGACCACUUCCACCCCUUUUAUGACUAUGUUGUCCUACAUACUCUGCAUGACAUCGCUUACUAUGAAAAUAUCUCAGCAUUAUAUGGUAGUCAUUUGUUCUUAUAUCCCGCUCCUGUUCUUUCCCCCCUCGUUGUCAUCUUACAUUAUCGUUUUGUAGUUGUGGGCUUGUUUAUUCAGCGUUGGAUUUGUCGAUUCUAUGGCUUUCGAUCAAACUGUGCAAUGCUAUGCUCGGACACUGCAACAGUACUUCAUCUGGCCGAAUUCACUCUCCGGCGCACACGCACUUGGCAUAAUUCGCGCA